CCGGUACAGCCUCGCCGAAUUCAUCCCUCCAGCCUUCGGCGCGCGAACGGCACGCGAAAGUGGCCCUUUCGAGUUCGCUCGUAAUUCGCAAUGAUUGUCCUCUCCUCCGGCCUCCGGCGGCUCCGACUCCGGCUCGGGCCGGCGUGUCUGGCGACGUCGGAAUUGCGACGGUGCUGGAGGCAGGACUCUGGAGCGCCUGACCGCGCCAUUUCGCCGCAUUUCGCCGGCGCGUUGUCGAACAUGGCCGAGGUGACGACGAUCGCGGGUAACCGGGGUAACGACGACCGGGAAACGGGGAGGCCGCAGUUCGGAACGCGGAAUUUGCCCCACGAUGGAAAUGUCUUCCAGCACAAUGCAUGGGAUAACGUCACAUGGGACGAGGAACAAGAGAAGUUAGCGCAACAAAAAGUGAAUGAGAAUUCUAUUGUUACGAUGUCACCUGAGCAACUCUCUAAAUAUGAAAUUGAAGCGGAUAAAUAUUGGGACAAGUUUUAUGGAAUACACAAUAACGGGUUUUUUAAAGACAGGCAUUGGUUACUGAUUGAGUUUCCAGAAUUAGCGCCCAAUACCGUAAAGCAAGACACAUUAAGGCCUAUGAGAGCUGCACUUACGGACGAAGAUAAAAACUAUGGAGAUAAACACAUAAAAAUUCUCGAUUUACCAUCUAAAGACAACUGUAGAAUAUUGGAAAUAGGAUGUGGCGUAGGAAACACCGUUUUUCCUAUACUCAUGUAUAAUACGGACUCAAAGUUAUUUGUAUAUUGUUGUGAUUUUUCGGCGAAAGCCAUCGAUAUAUUACAACAAAAUCCUGCUUAUAAUGUAGAUAGGUGUAAAGCAUUUGUCCUGGAUGUAACUCAGGAAACAUGGACGACUCCUUUCGAGCCCGAAAGUCUAGAUAUCAUCGUACUUAUAUUCAUAUUGUCUGCCAUUCAUCCCGAUAAGAUGCAACAUGUUGUACGGCAAAUAUAUAGAUAUCUGAAACCAGGUGGGAUAAUUUUAUUUCGUGAUUAUGGCAGACACGAUUUAGCACAAUUAAGAUUUAAGAAAGGCAAUUGUCUCGGCGAGAAUUUCUACGUGCGUGGAGAUGGCACCAAAGUAUACUUUUUUUCGCAAGAGGAUAUUAGAAAAUUGUUUACCGGUAAUGGCUUCAUUGAAGAACAAAACUUCAUGGACAGAAGACUGCAAGUUAACAGAGGUAAACAGCUGAAAAUGUAUAGAGUGUGGGUGCAAGCAAAAUAUCGAAAGCCGUCGUAGAAGCUAUGUAAUGUGAAAAUUGUUAUCAAAUUUCCUCUGAAGAGGCGAAGAUUUACGUUACAAAUCAGUAAAUAGAAUUAUUGCAUAGAAAUAUAUUUUUAUACAUUGUUCUCGCGCUCUUUAUACGUUUGUUCCAUAUAGUACAUUAAAAAUUGACUUUUGUUUUAAACACAACUUCCCAAAUGUAAUAAGUCAACUUAUCGUCGUACGAAAUUUUAAUAAUAUGUACAGAUUUUUUUAGUCUAUUUACGACACUAUUUGAAACAACGUAGAUAAAUAAAAAAGAAUUGUCAACAUAUGAACAAUUAUGUUAAGAUAUUAAUAAACGAUACAGCAAUAUUGUUGUUAAUCUUUAAAAGGAUUUAA